AUGGGUAAAAAAGGUUUUAUUAGAGAUAUUUUUUCUGAUACUAUAUCAUCUUUAUUAUUUACAUUAACAUUUGUUAAUGUGGCAUUUUUAAUUGAAAGAUUGUUUGCUGUUAAAUAUUAUGAAAGUUAUGAAAAUUUUAAUAAAAAUAUUCCAUGGAUGGGAUGUUGUUUAAUUUUUGUAUCAUUAAUAUUAGGAACAAUAUUAAGAAUAUUAGGAAGAAGAAAACUUUAUGAAUUUAAUACAUCUAUUAUUGUAACAUUAAUUGUCCAAAUAAUAUUAUUAAUGAUUAUUUGUGGUGUUAUGAAAAUUGUUAAAAAACAAUAUAAAUUAAAUGAACGUAUAGAUGAUAGAUUACGAUAUAAAAAAUCUAUGGUUGCUUCAACUACCUCUAUACGAUAUCAAACAAUAGAAAAUAGGAAUGUUAUAAAAUUAAUGACAUAUUUUAGUAUAUCAUGUUCAACAAUGUCUAUAUUAAAUGUUAUUGUACUUUUAAUUAGGCCAAAAAUUGCUAUAGAUUUAAAAUGGGUAUAUUUUGGAAAUUUAUUAAAUAAUAUUACACCAUACUUCACAGCGAUUUUUGUUCCUUUAACUAUAAUAUUAACAGAAAAAAAGUAUCAUAAAAAAGGAGCAUACGUUAUUAAUACAAUUAUACCAAUUUCUAAAAUAAAAAAAUUACCUAAUACUUUAGAGAAUGUUGGAAAUAAAAAAAUACAUGAUGAAUUAAAAAUGGAUGAUGAGACAAAGAAAAAGAUAUAUUUUUCAAAUUACAAUGAUCAAUGGAGAUAA